GGGAGGACGGUGGAUGCGCUCAUGUCUCGAAAAUUAUCCAAGAUUAGAGCCAUGGAGCAGUGAUAGCUCGGUUUGAGAUAAUAUUUUAUUCGACAAUAUUGUACGCGGCAUAGCGGCGGCAUCUUCCGAGAUCUGGUGAUAGACAGUUACGGGAGAAGAGAUAAACGACGUCAGCUUUUUGAGCAGAGAGUGGGAUUCGCACGGAUCCAGCCGCCUGAAGAUCCAGUUAAGAUCAGCGCUGUCCCAGCAGAUCAUGUCACUUCGUUCGCGGACCUCCAAGCAUUAGGUUGCUCUCGCCCGGUUCUCAUACCCACUACGUAUGUAAUUGCCAGUGAAAGAUCUGGCGAAAAUUAAGAAAAACUGUGGUCAAUUACUGAAAUACAGCGCCGGCACGUGUGCAUGAGUGUGUGAGUGUCAGUAUUCAGAAGCAGUACCGGAAGCGGCCCAUGUGCCAAGCAAGAUCGGAAUCGAGAUCGAGACUCAGUGAAGACUCAGCCGAGCGAAAGCCAAUUAAUUACGAUGGUGCAGGGCGAGAAUCCCCACAGUGCCGAGCCGGAGGAGGAGGAGCACGAGCUGGAGAGCAACUCGACAGAUUCACCACGCGACCGGGCGAACGAUGAGGCUGAUGUAGAGGCCAGGCUCCUGGACAACGGCACGAAUCACAGCAAGGCCAAAGUGCCUGUUGGCGAGGACGAAGAGGCCAGGACGACUCCAAAACCGUCGAAAACCAAGAAGAAGAAACAGAAAUCGGAACAGGACCGCCUCAUGACCGAGGAGAUCAACCGACUGCUGAACGAGACGCCGCUGGAGAAGAGUGUGACCUGCGGUUUCUGGAUAUUCAAGGGACAGUUCUAUCAGCGAUUUGCCAAUCAGACAGCGUAUGUGCUCCUCUACGGCAUCGUAGGGUGCGUCUUCUCAAUGACGUACGCCUACUUCAAUGGCACGAUCACCACCAUCGAAAAGCGCUUCAAGAUCCCCUCGAAGAACACCGGCAUCAUUUCGGUAGGCAAUGACAUCAGCCAGACCCUGGUAUCCGCCGUCCUAGCAUACUAUGCGGGCAAGGGACAUCGGCCUCGCUGGAUAGGAUUCGGUCUUCUCACCAUUGUCCUGUUCUGCGUGCUGACCACCACACCACACUUCCUGUACGGCCCCGGCGAGGACGCCCUGGCCCUUACAUCGGAGUUCGGAGGCAUGCCCGAUGAGAACGCAACUAUGGAGGCCAUCGAGGAGCAGCGCUCGAAGACGCUCUGUCGCCUGAAUGGCGGCGGCCCCGAGUGCGAGGGUGGCGAGGGAAACUUUGCCCCCCAACUGCUGCUCUUUGUGGCCCAGUUCAUAUCCGGUAUCGGCGGUUCCCUCUACUAUACCCUCGGUGUCUCCUACAUGGACGACAACACGAAGAAGUCCAAAACUCCGGCGCUGCUGAGUCUCUCGUAUUUCCUGCGCAUGCUGGGUCCCGCCAUUGGCUAUGCCCUGGCCUCCUUCUGUCUGCGGCUUUACAUCGCCCCCCAGUUGCAUCCGGUGAUCAACAACAAGGAUCCUCGCUGGCUGGGAGCCUGGUGGCUGGGCUGGCUGGUCAUGGGCGGCUUGCUUGCCUUCUCUGGAGUUUUUCUGUCGAUGUUUCCCAAGGAGCUGCCGCGAGCGUUGGCCCGUCGCAAGGUUGAGGAGAAUCGGAGGCGCGAGAAGGAGAGACUGUCGCUAAAGAAUAAGGAUUCCUCGGAGAAGGAGAGACUGACCGCCGAAUUAGACCAGAUGUCCGCCGUCGAGCCGAAAGCCUCGUUCAAGGACAUGCUGAAGACCUUCAGGCGCCUGACCACCAACAAGACGUACAUGUGCAACACACUGUCGACCAUCUUCUACUUGGUCGGUUACACCCCGUACUGGAUUUUCACCCCGAAGUACAUCGAGGUUCAGUACAGGCAGUCGGCGGCCACAUCCUCAAUGGUUACUGGCACCGUGGCCCUGGCAUUCUCAGCCGUUGGGGUUCUGCUCUCUGGCUUUAUCAUCUCCCGCUAUAAGCCCAGGGCCCGCUAUAUGGCUGCCUGGAACGUGAUAUGUGGCUUUCUCACGAUGGCAGGCAUCCUGACCUACGCCUUCAUUGGAUGUCCCGGCAAUGAGAGCUCAGUGAUUGUCAACAUCCACGACAGUGCGCUUAGCGGCAACGCAUCCACCUGCAACUCGGCCUGUUCCUGCGACUACGUUCGGUACUCGCCCGUUUGCGGGGAGAAUAACAUGACCUACAUCUCCGCCUGUCACGCGGGCUGCAAGGGUCAACACAUCAACUCUGAUGGCAGAAAGAUAUUUUACGAUUGCUCCUGCAUUCCUGGUGAUGAAUGGGGCAACUCCACCGCUCAGUUCAAACGGAUUACAAGCCUCGACCUCAGCCUUGAGAAUGCCACACUGGACACCUCGAGUCUCUCCCAUUUGGAGAGUCUGGCAAGCGGACAAGCUAUGCCCGGAUCCUGUCCCGUCAACUGCUGGACGCAAUUCGUGACGUUCCUGGCGGUGAUGUGUUGCCUAAAAUUCAUUGGAGCCAGUGGCAGAGCAUCCAAUUUCCUGGUAUCCGUGCGCUGUGUGCCCGAGAAGGAUAAGACGGCUGCCAUGGGCUUCGGUAUGACCAUGUGCUCCAUGCUGGCCUUCAUUCCCAGCCCCAUCUUUUUUGGCUGGGUCUUCGAUCGCGUGUGCUUGGUUUGGGGCAAGACCUGCACAAACAAAGGCAACUGCUGGCUUUACGAUCCGCUGUCCAUGAGGUACACACUGAACUUUACCGCUGCUGUGUUCAUUGGCAUCGGUUCUGUCUUUGAUCUGGGAGUCUGGUAUUAUGCCAAGGACCUGAAAAUCUUUGACGAGGAGGUCAAGGAGGUCGAAAUGCAGAUUGUCCAGCACGAGGAGGAGGCCAACAACGAGAAGAAUACAGAGAUCUAGGUUUAAGUUUACAUUACUCUUAAGAAAAAGCUGUAUGAGUGAAUAUUUUUGGUGUCUAUAUCAAUGUGUGAUUUCUCCAAAGAGCCCUGUAUAAUAUUAAUAAAGCGUAUUUUAACUGGUGA